AUGGCCAUCGGCGCGCGGAGGGCUUUUGCCUCCUCCGCCCGCCGCCUCGUCUCCGCUCGCCUCGCAUCCCCUUUCGCCCCGCGCUUUCCAACUUCCACAUCACCCCUCGACGCUGCGCCGAAUCGCCACCCCCUUCCCUCCGCUGUCCAAACGCACGCGGAUGGCGCUGUCUCCCCCUCAGUGUGCCGUGCUUACUCCGCCGGGGGGGAAGCGCAGGGGUCGGCGGGCAGCGGGGCGUGGGCGCAGGCAGGGGGGGUGGAGGGGAAAACUGUGGGCGAGGGCGGCGAGCGGAGCGGAUCCGCCACCACCCACUUCGGUAGGCAGCUGCCCCUCCCGCCCCGCCGCUUGCGCUGCUCUCUGCCAUGCCCUGCUAUGCCUCCCACUCAUUCCCCCGUGUCUGUGCCGCUUACCUCGUGUGAUCCACCUGUGCGCAUUCCGCAUUGCGCAUGGCGGGGCGUGGCAGGGUACCGCGCGGUGCGCGAGGAGGAGAAGGCGGAGCUGGUCGGGGGAGUGUUCUCGUCGGUGGCGGACAAGUAUGACGUCAUGAAUGACGUCAUGAGCGGGGGCCUGCACCGUCUGUGGAAGGACAGGUGCGCCACGUGCCCCGCUGUGACACUCGUUCCUGCACAUCCCUGCCUUUCUCUUCCCACCGCCCUCACCUUGCCUACCGUCCCUCCCAGCUCUCAUCGCCCCUCUGAUGCCCUGCGCCCCCUGCCCCAUGUGUGCUCUAGACUGGUGCGAGCGCUGCACCCCUUCCCCCACAUGCGCCACCUCGAUGUGGCAGGCGGCACAGGCGACAUUGCGUUCCGAGUGCUGAGGGCCAUUCGCGAGGCCGAGGCGGAUCCACGGCGCAUGGCGGCUGCUGCAGGCACAGGGAGGAGCAGCGGGGAGGGGUCGGGCGAGGCAGUGAGGGGGGCGCGGGUGAUAGUGUGUGACAUCAAUGCGGACAUGCUGCGCGUGGGGCAGCUCAGGGCGCAGCAGCAAGGUGUGGCAACACGGAGGCCAACGACUAGGACUCCACCAGCUUUUGCAUGUGUCUCAGCACAGAUCACCCCCCCCUCAUCUUCAUGUGCUCGCGUUCCCCCCUGCCACCCCCUUCCCGCACCUAAUAUCUUGUGCUUGUGGGCCUCCCCUAUUUUCUCCACACCACAACCCCCUCCUGUCUUCCCAGGCUUGGCAUCGGACGCGGCGCUGGAGUGGGUGCAGGGCGAUGCGGAGGACAUGAGUGCGGUGCUGGCGGAUGGCAGUGUGGACGCCUACUCCAUUGCCUUUGGCAUCCGCAACGUCACGCGCAUCCACCGUGCCCUCGCUGAGGCCCACAGGGUGCUGCGCAAGGGAGGCCAGUUUGCAUGCCUGGAGCUCAGCCAUGUGGAGGACCCUCUCUUCAGGGCACUGUAUGACACGUACUCCUUCAAUGUCAUUCCAGCCAUUGGCCAGGCAGUCACGGGGGACAGGGCGUCAUAUCAGUACCUAGUGGAGAGCAUUCGCAAGUUCCCAACCCAGAGGAGAUUCGCUCACAUGAUGGAGCAAGCAGGAUUCAGAAAUGUGUCAUACGAGAACAUGACAGGGGGUGUCGUGGCACUCUUCACAGGCUUCAAGUUGUAG